AUGAUUGGUGAUAGGGACAUAUCGGAUCAUUGCCCCAAUUGGAUUAUGACAGAUAAUCAUAAUUGGGGAUCGAAACCCUUCAAAUUCAACAACGAAUGGUUUACUUUUGAUUCUUUCAUUCCUUUAGUGGAAAAGGAGUGGAAAAGCUUAGUGGUCCAAGGAAGAGGAGAUUUCAUCUUAAAGGAGAAGCAUAGACUUCUUAAAGACAAACUCAAGAGAUGGAAUAAGGAGGUGUUCGGGAAUAUUGACUUAGAGGUAGAGGAAGGCGUUCUUGACAUUAAUAUCAUCGACGGAAGGUUAGAUUUCACUUCUUCUUCUUCUUAUUUUGAUGACGAUCUAGUCUUUAGAAAGGAAGCGUCUUGUAGAUUUUGGAGGAAUCUAAGGAUUAAAGAAAAUAUGCUUUUACAAAGAUAUAGAUUGUGUUGGUUUAAGGAGGGCGAUUCGAAUAGUGAUUUUUUUCAUAAAGUGAUGAAACAAAGAAGAAUAAGUAAUCAUAUUGGUCCUAUUCUUACUUCGAGUGGUAUGGUGGAAUCGGUGGAAGAGACUAGGGAGGAGGUUUUUUCUCACUUUGAGAAAAAAUUUACCGAAACGGAGGCUAUCCGACAUACGUUGGACGUAAUCCCCUUCAAGGCUAAUAGUAGGGAGGCGGAGGAGGAGGAGCUUGGGAAACCGUUUCUUGAAUAUGAGAUUAAAAAGGCGGUGUGGGAGAGUGGAGGGUCGAAGAUCCCGAGCCUGGAUGAAUUCUCUUUUCUUUUCUUAAAGAAAUGUUGGAACAUUACUAAAGAAGACAUUAUCAAUUUUUUCAACUAUUUCUUUCAAGGAGGAUCUGAAGGAUAG